AUGUUCCCACAACAUGCAGGACUGGUCCAUCCAGGUGGGGAGGAGGGAUUAACCAGACAAUGUUACCAAGAAAAGAGAAGUCAUCAGUCCGCAGAAUGUACAGAUUCUAGUGACACCAGCUCCGUCAAAGAGUCUAGCAUGGCCCAGCAACACUCACAAGGUGUGACAGGUCUUCGUAACCUAGGCAACACAUGCUACAUGAAUGCCAUCCUGCAAUGUCUCUGCAGUAUCACCCCACUGGUGGAGUAUUUCCUUUCCGGAAAGUAUAUCACUGCUCUUCAAAAGGACUGUGGUGAAGCUGCCACUGCUUUUGCGUACCUGAUGACAGACAUGUGGCUCGGAGACUCGGAUUGUGUCUCACCCGAAGUGUUUCGGACAGCCAUUGGAAAAAUCUACCCAGCAUUUCUGAAAAGGACACAGCAAGAUGCUCAGGAGUUCUUGAUUUAUGUCCUGAAUGAACUUCAUGAGGCUUUGAAGAAGUUUCGCCGGAAAAAACCACAGGAGAAAGGACUUACUACAAAAUGCUACAGGAAGGUGGCUUCCAGUGAGUCCUCUAUCAUAACUCGGCUUUUUGAAGGGCAGCUUAAUUAUGACAUCGUGUGUUUGAAGUGUGAGAACUGUACUUACAAAAAUGAAGUCUUCACUGUCCUCUCCCUUCCCAUCCCAUCCGAAUGUGAAUGUUCCCUUCAGGAAUGUCUUGGAUGUUUCUUUCAACAAGAUACACUCACCUGGAAUAACCAAAUUCAUUGUGCUUUCUGCGAAUCCAAGCAAGAUGCAGCUGUCAGAGCUAGCAUAGCCAAAGCACCAAAGACGGUUAUUUUUCACUUAAAGAGGUUUGACUGUCAGGGUAGAAUGAAGAGGAAAUUAAGAACAGAUAUCCAUUACCCACUCAACAACUUGGAUCUUUCUCCUUAUAUUUAUCCACUUUUUCGGAAACAUCCUAAAUACAGCCUUUGUGGAGUGGUGAACCACUUUGGCGAUCUAGAUGGCGGCCACUACACAGCGUUCUGCAAGAAUACAGUCAGCCAGACCUGGUAUAGCUUUGAUGACACCCGAGUGUGUGAGAUUCCAGAUUCUGCCGUUCAGACUGCUGCCGCGUACCUCCUCUUCUACAGCUGUCAGCCCUUUUCUAUACCUACCCCAAAAUGCAAGUGCUAG